AUGGCAACAACCACUCCCCUUUCCGGCCACGUCACCGCCUCGGAUGGCACCAAGCUUCGUUACACCCAGGAAGGACCUCCAGGAGCACCCGAUCUCGUAUUCCUCCCAGGUUGGGCACAAUCUGCGACGAUAUUCCGCAAACAAGUGGACUACUUCAAGGCCAAUUUCCGCGUGACGACCUACGACCACCGCGGCCAUGGCGAAUCAGACAAGCCGGCAUUCGGGUACCACAUCGCCCGACUGGCCGCAGACCUGGAGACACUGCUGUCGCAGCUGGACCUGCACGAGGUGACGCUCAUCGGCCACUCGAUGGGCGCCACCGUGGUCUGGUCGCACUGGGAGCUUUACGCGCACGAUCGCAUCGCGAGGAUGGUGGUGGUCGACAUGGUCCCGGUCGUGACUUCCAACCCCGGAUGGUCGGAGGAGGAGAAAGCGACGUUCGUGACCUUGGUCGCACCGGGUGGAAGCCACGGCAUCGCAAACGCCCUCACCGGACUGGGAGGCGAGGCGACGGUCGGGGGAAUGAUCAAAAACCUCUUCACGCCGGACGUCGAUCAAGCCGACAUGGACUGGGUGCUUUCGGAGAACCUCAAGCUGCCGCUGGAACAUGCCGCGGCUUUGUUCAUCGACCAUGCUGCAGCGGACUGGCGGCCCAUGAUGUCUACCAUCAAUGUCCCUACAUUGCUGGUGCUGUCGCGGGGUGAAGCUCUCGAUCCGUUUCCGUCCGUGCAAUGGAUGGCCUCCCAGAUACCUGAGUCCAAACUCGUGGUUUUCGAAAAGGGGGAGAAAGGCAGCAGCCACUUCAUGUUCUGGGAGAGCCCUGAGCGAUUCAACAGGGAGCUUGGCAAGUUUCUAGCUAGCUCAUAG